AUGGCCUUCUCUUCGGGCCGUUUUCUCAGCGAUUUAAAUUCCGUAGUCUAGUGUUUCGACCUCUCUUACCAGUCCAGCGUACCGGCAGCUGAAUCAUCAGAGUGCACCCGGCGAAACUUAGUGACCGCCAAUGCAUUAUCACCUGCCCAACCACCACCACCACAACAAACGACACUCGAUGUCCAGGCGCCAGCCCUCUUCGGAAACCGGCUCAUGCGGCCGGGCUUUCGUCGCCGCAUACAACCGGGCAGUCGACUGCCUGAGGAUCGUUCCGGUAGUCUUUUACUUUCCCUGCAUCCUCUUGGAAGUCGUUCUAAUUUGACCGCCACUGUGGAGACAAACAUUCUCCGCUUUGCGUCGUCCGCUACGACCAAGCCCUCGUUACAGGAUCGCGUUGGUGCCGCCGCCAGCAUUGGUCUGAUCUCGGCCCGUAGC